AUUUUUUUUAAAUCCGUCGCCUUUCACGACAGCACCGCGGAGCGCGGAUGAUACAGUAAACGUUGCAUUUUCGAGCCGCAGUCGCGUCCAAUCUGCCGUCUCGCCGUGUCAUAUUGCAGCAGUAGCCAUUGUCAACUAAAUGGCGUUUUAAAUUGGGGGUUACCGGCUACGCGCUGUUUACCUUAUUACGGUGGACCUGGUAAUUCCGCAGUAAAGCCUGAUAGUAAAAAGGGGGAAACGCCGCUUUCCGCACUGCCCCGUGUCAAGCUGUGAAAGGACUGAGAGGAGGGGACGACUGCUGUUAACGCUUUAACCAAUUGUUUUUCAUGGAGUUGAUGGGGUCAGCGUGGGGAAGCGGAUAAGAACAUAGAAAACUACAGUCACCAUCAUGCAUGUGUCUGACUACCAGCAGAUUUGUGUCAUUUGAAAAGACUUAAGAAGGAAAAACAGACUCAGAGGAAUACAAGAACUCAGUCAGCAGACAGAAACGACAAUAACUCAGUGCUUAGAUAUGGCCAGCACCCAGACCAGUUUGAAAACCCCUUUCAAAGACUUGACCUCAUUCAAGGGCAACAUGAAACGGCUGUACAGAGAGCGUCUGGAAGACGCACCCAUCAAGAAGCGAGUGAUGGCGGAGAUCAACCUGAAGCGUCGCAGUUUGGAUUCCCUCCCCAAGACUCCCAAGGUGAAGAGGGAGCAGACCGAGGACCUGCACCACGACUCUGACAUGGAUGUGGCGGGCCGGGUUGAAUUACAUAUGGUGGGCUCUGCUAAAGCCCUGGACCUGAGCCCUGGGCUCAAACACACACUGGCCCAGUUCACUCUCAGCAGCCAGAGCUCCCUUGGGGGCCCAGCUGCCUUCUCAGCCCGCACCGGCCACGAGCAUUCCCCAGCCGGCAUGCCCCCCCUGCCGUCCCCUCCUGUUCUGGGAGGGGGUCCUCUAUUGGUUCCCUGUGACAGCUCCACUGAACUCACCCACUCGCUGCUGGAAGGAGAGUCCAUCUCCUGCUUCGUUGUUGGGGGAGAAAAGCGGCUCUGCCUGCCCCAGGUGCUCAACUCUGUGCUCCGCGACUUCUCAUUGCAGCAGAUCAACACUGUGUGCGACGAGCUCUACGUCUACUGCUCACGUUGCGACGCUGAGCAGCUGCACAUCCUCAAAGUGCUGGGCAUUCUGCCAUUCAACGCACCCUCCUGUGGCCUCAUUACACUGACGGAUGCGCAACGGUUGUGCAACGCUCUGCUGCGCCCUGGGGCGGCCUUGCCUGCCGACCCCAGUGGUAAGCUGUCGGCCCAUGGCCUGCUGAAGGAGAGCGAAGCCAGCUUCCAGGUGGAGCACCAAUGUCUGGGGAAGUGCCAGGGUCUCUUUGUGCCCCAGUUCUACACCCAGCCUGAGGCGCCGUGCAUCCAGUGUGUUGAGUGCCAGUUGCUCUUUUCACCACAGAAGUUUGUCAUGCAUUCACACAAGUCACCUGAUAAGAGGACCUGCCACUGGGGCUUUGACUCAGCCAAGUGGCCCUGCUACCUGCAGCUUGCCAGGAAGUACCAGGGCACGCCUGAGGAGCCCAAGCUCAAGCAGCUCCUGGACGAGGUCAAAGAGAAGUUCCAUUACCAGCUCAAGAGAUCACUAGACAAAAAGGUAGUGGAGGAGAAGGAGAGCCAGGUGAGGAAAUCAUCAGCAGACCUCUGCUCACCCAGCGGCAAGUUGGCCGACGUCGACCCUGCGAGAAAGGGGAAAACAUCUCCACCGACUAUGGUGUUCAACCGUCUUUUCUCGGACAUCAAGGAGGAGCCAGGACACCCCACCCUGGUCCAUCCAAGUUACUACCUGUACACAUAUGAUAAAAUGGUGGCUCCCAACGUGUCUCUGCGGAGGGAGGCGGAGAUGAGCCCAGAGAUGCUUGGAGCGCUGCUCAAACACCACUACAGCCACAGAGUGCUGGGGCAUGACGAGCCACCCAUGGAUCUUCAUGCGUCGCCUCCCGUCACUGCUGGCGCCGAGGAGGCCAAAUCCCAACGUGCCACUGCUGCCUCAGCCACCGAGCGGGAAUGCCAAACCCAGGCAGUUUCCAUGGAGACAAGCAUCCCGAGCUGCAAGAAAGCCACCCACACCCCCGCCCACACCCCUCCUCCUCCUCCUCCUCCUGCGUCGUUGUUGUCGCCGGUAACGGAAGUAGCGGCUAAGGACACAGGCUCUGCCACAAGCGGUGCUGCAGUGGCGAUGGGCGGGCUGGAGGACGACAAGGACAGGAUUGUUGUGGAGAUCAUGCAGAUGUACAGCAGGCAGCAGGAGAAGCUCAACUCCACUCUGCACAAGCAGCUACAGCUGGAAAUGGAGCUGGAGGCUUUGCGCGGGGGUGAGGCGGCGAGGCUACGGGAGCUGAGCGCCGAGCAGCGCGAGCUUCGCAGCGAGCUGGAGGCAGUGCACAGCGAGCAGGCGCGGCAGCUUAGCCAGGCCCGCCAGGAACAGCUGGAGCUGGAGACCCGUCUGGAGCAGCUCCGACAGCAGGCCUGUGCCUGCGAAAUGGGGGCACAACGCCAGCAAGAGGCCCACUACACAGCGCAGUUGUCAGAGCUCCGUCAGAGGCUGGAGCGGGCGGAGGCGGACCGACAGGAGCUGCAGGAGGAGCUGCGCAGGGAGCGGGAGGCGCGGGAGAAGCUGGAGCGUACAAUCACCCAACUCAAGCAGCAGAUGGCCCGGUCUGGCACGGUGGGAGGCAGCCCCUCUCCUCCUCCUACCCCUUCCACCGGACCCCCUAAUGCCCACUCCCCGCCCUCCUCCUCCUCGUCCUCCAUCUCAGAGGCCCCAGCGGCUGGCCAAAAGUAACUGCCACCCCCCCCCAACUCUAUAGACAGAAACAAAUCAGCCUGAAGCAGAAAGGAGCUUCACAUCUCCUAAGACUGUUUUUAAGUUGUGCAACUCACCCUCCUCCCUUCUUAUUUCAGUGUAGGACUGACUUUUGUUUUAGCUAUUUAACAUCACUUAAGUUUUAAGAAAAGUUUUAUGGUGUGUGUUUUUUUUUUUCAUUCUUUCUUUUGCUCCUUCUCCUCUCUUUAAACAGUAUUUAAAGAUAUUUUUCGGCAUGUAUGAUUUAAUUUAUAGUUUUUACUGAACAAACAGCUGCUUCUCACAGACAGGAGUUUGGUCGAGUAGAGAUCAACUCAACCAUCACUAUUUUCCCCCCCCUCACGAUUGUCACCCUCCUCAUCCAUCCCUUCUUAUUCGCUCUGGAUUCUGGAGCCAGUGACUUUGAGACUUCAGACUUCAGCUCAGACACACAGACACUUGUCUCAGCUCCUCAUGGACGUCCCUUCAUGCUACUACCUGGCACAGCACCCGGUGCCCAUGGACAUGCAAUGGUGCCCGGUUGUUUGCCUCCUCUCCGUCUUUCUUUACCUACAGCCCAGAUGCUCAAGUACCAGCGAAUGCAGGAAACUGCAUGGAUAUUUCAAAACUUAUUUUUUAUUUUAUUUUAUUUUUUUCGCUCCUUGUAAAAUACAGAGAAAGAAAAGUAUAAUGUGUUAAAACAUCAAGUCUAUAUGGAGGAGAAAAACUUUACUGUACAAAAAAAGAAAUUUAGCAGAUGUCGUAAAACCUCAUGAAAAUAUGCCAAUAUUGACGCUGAACUUGAAAUGAGUGUAUUGAGUGUGACCCCUCAAGGUAGCUAGCUAGCAAACUGUGUGGCCUGGACCCCAGCUGCUCCUCACACAGUCUAGCUCCCUCUUCACUCUGCUGGGCAGCACCUGAACUCUCCUGUUGUAGACCAAACAAUCCGUCGGUUGAUCCACCAGCUGCCCAGUGUCUGCUCUGAACACCCCCCCCCCCUUCACUGGAGACCUCGCACCUUCCCUCGUUGUACGCUAGGGCCAUUGCCCUCUGCUGGGAAACUCUUUAACACCCACUUUGGGCUAGACAGGAAACACUGUGCUCUUUUCAGGCUUGGCAUGCAGAAACUCACGAGCAGUGUUAUGCUCUUAAUGUGCUCUCCUCCCCCAGAAUCUCCUGGGAAAGGAAUGUGUCUGGACACGGGGGCUGGUUGAGCCAGUGUAGAUUUUCUAAGAAAGAAGAAAGGCGUAGUCUCACAUGUGCAGUGGCUGUACUGUGUUACCAUAACACAUACGACAUCCUUACAUGCCCAACCACACUCGAGUGUGUCAGUGCAGUGCAGGCGUUCAGGCAGAACAAUGGCCCCAGCGUUCCCAGCAGAUGAUCAAAGCUCCAGUCUGUCCCUGUUUUCUGGGCUGCUUCUUCUUUUUGUAUCAUUUAACUUCAUUGUUAGCAGAAGGUUUUAUCCCCACCCUAUUUGUCAGAGCGUCGUCAAAGAAUUUGGGUCGCAGGUGAAAGCAGUUAGUCCAGGGUGGUUUGGGCCCUGCUUCACGUUAUUCUGCCUGGCUGAACAAACAGCAUUGGGCCAGGAAAGGAAGGGAAUGGAGGAUUGAGGGGAUCGCUCAGGGGACUGGUGCACUCUCCCCUCCGGCAGGCUGGGUGGCCCGGACGCCAGGGGCACAGAGGGAGCCCUUUUUGUAUUGUGCCGUAAGAAUGGGGGCAGCUGUUGUUGUCUGGGGGCCUCUGCCCGGCCCCGGUUGAGACUGUACAGGAUCCCCCAGCUCUCAGCGCAACCUCCCUCCUCUCGCACUGAACCGCCGUCACUCACUCACUCUUACAUACCCGUCCAUCCAUCUCCAGUGCCAGAUCAGCUGGGGGUGUGCAGCGUUUUGUAGAUGCCCAGGAGAGCGAGCAGACGUCCAGCCAGAGGAAGAGAGGACUUUUAUUGUUUCAGUUGCCAGGCAAAAGCGCUUUUUAUUGCCACUAAGGAGACCCCUGUAAGCGAGUUUAUGUGUGUAAAUAAUUGUUUAAAAAGAGAAGGGGAUCGUCCUUGGCUAAACUCUGAGCUUUUUUUUAUGCAUCUGCUCUAAAUGCAAAUUGAUAGACAUUCCACUGUGCUCCAUCCUGUUCAAUGCAGAUUUUCUUACACAGCUUCCCUUUACAAUAACAGACCUUAAAAGGCGGGCAGGGUACAGUUGUGGUUUGUUGAUAGUCAUAAAAGCAGGUGCAGGUGCAAGCCAGUUAAAUCAAACCCAUGCCGCAAAUGUACACUCUACUAUUGUUCCAUUUAAACCUUUAUUGAAAUUAUGAAAGAAAAUAUUUAACGUAUUAACUAAAGAUUUAUAUUCACUUUGUAAAUACAGUAGUCAUUAAUAUAUUAACUGUUCUUAUAUGAAUAAUCUUCAAAAGGUUAUAUAGAUUGGACCAGAACUAAGGCUUCAGACGGCCCAAAUGUUUUUGCUUUCUUUUUUUUCUUUUUUUUUAAAAGUUAUCUUUGUGGAUAUCAGAAAUUGACCUUUGUCGAGUGGAUGUGGGGGAGUGAAAUGCAUGGUUUACUGAGACAUGAUGCAGGACAAAGGCAAAAUAGGAAAAUUAUACUUUGUUAUACACUUUCCCCCUUUCUGAACUGAUGCAUUUGUUUUUUGUGGAUUUCAUCUUGACGGACUGUUUAACUUGUAAUGUAAUGAGCUUUUUCCCUUCUGUUAAAACCCUUCCCCUGAGCUAAAUUUAAAACAUUUGUUAAAGAAAAUGCAUUUUGGAAGAAAAAGAAUACAAAAAAAAAAAAAAAGAAAAUUUUUUUGCAUGUUUGCUGCCCCUUAUGUUAAGUGUCACCGGGCCACUCUACCAAUCAGUUUAUUGUGGGGAAAAAAAAGUCCCCCCCCCCCACCACCCAUGUAACGCACAAAUUAUUGAGAUGGCUCAUAUGCAUGAACAUUGAACAUGUGCAAGUUUUAUGUCAUUGGUUCAGAAGCUAAAUAUAAAGUCAUAGUAAGAUUAUGAAGAACAUAAAAUGUAGCCUAAUUUGAUUUGGAAAUAAUGUGAGUGUGUGUUUGAGAGAGAGAGAGAGAGAGUGUGUCUGUGUGUGUGUGUUUACCUCCCACAUCUGAGUGAAGCACAGCAGCUUUGAAAAGGGAAAGAGAAAAACUUGCUCAUGUGGCUCUGGAUGUGUAGUUUGUUUUCUGAUUUGAGAUCAUAUAUCUUCGUCUGGAUAUCUUAACACCACUCAAAAGAUAAUCAGUAUUAGUUUUUAUUGACUUAAUUACCUCUUCAGCAGAACAACAACAACAACAAAAAAAUCAUUUUAAUUCAUCACAUUAGCAGAUACCUAAUGAAAAUCUGUAAUUUUACUUUCUGUGUAAUUUGCAUUUUAUACACAAGGGGGUGAUGUUUAGCUUCUUUAAUUGUGCACCAUAAUGAAAAAAGGACUAAAUGAUUGGGGAGAGAAAAUCCCUUUUAACAUGGCGUGUUGGGUCUUUUUGCAUUUUGCAGUGUUAUGAGAACUUGGAAAUGCUUUGUACAGACUUUUUACAGGUGUGAAGUUUGCCCAACAAAGUAAAACACGGUGAAAUGAGCCAGACUUUACCACAUGAACACAUUUUAAUACAGGAUUUACAUACGCGAAGAAAACCAGUAAACAAAUCCAAGGUCACCUUUGAACUGCUGCAGGUGGUGUGCUUUGUAAUUGGGUGUAUAAUUUUCAGCCAUUAAUUGUUCUAUGCCGAUGCGGGAGAAGUCGGAAGUAGGGCUGCAUUGGUGAUUGAUCACUGGUUACUAAGAAUAUAUUGUUUUAAUUUCUACACAUCCUGUUAGAGAUGGAAAAAAAAAUAUUUAUGGCUUUGCUAAAAAAGAACCCUUCUAGCACCCUCAAUGCUGUUCUGGAACAUGAAACGCAGUGUCUGUGUAUGACCAUUGCAUACUACGUUGCCAAUACUACAGUGUGAUGAGACUUCUGUUCUUGCAUGAAUCGAGACACUGUUCUCCUACCUCAUGUUGUGAUAUAAAAAGAUGUUUUUUAAGCAGAAGACACUGCAUCUCUAACUGUUUAUCAUCAUUGAUAUUUACUAGUAAAUGACAUACCUGUAAAUGCUUUUAGCUAAUACCUCAGUUGUAUCUAGUGUUUGUUUUUUUUCCUGUUUUUUGCCCCCCCCCCCUCCGAUUUCAGAUCUUGUAAAUAUGCCCUGUAUAGACAAUGAACUUGGAUCAAAUUCAAGUAAAGUUCUGUAGUGUCAAACCAG